CUGACAUCACCUCAGAGGUUUUGGCAGCUUCCCUCGGGCCUUUUUAAGUCAUGAAACAUACGGAGAGGCAGACAAGCAGCAUGGCCUCGGGUCUGCUCCCCCAGCCUCCUGCCUUCCAAGUACUUCUCCUUAGCAACAGUCAGCUGACCUGCAGUAGGUAGUGUUCAGUGAAGCACACACAGGCACACGGAGCUGAGCGCCCCAGUCGUCCGCGCUCACUCCUCCACCUGCCACUCAGGCCUCAUGGCUCUCACCAUUAACACAGAGCAGAAAAAACUCACUCAGACUCCUCUGCUCAAGAUCUGGGUGCCAUGGAUGGGCUGCAACCUGAACCGCAGGAGAGGAUCCUCAGUGCCUCAGUUUUGUAACUGUCCCACACUGAUCGUGAUGGUGGGGUUGCCAGCCAGAGGGAAGACGUACAUUUCCAAGAAGCUCACUCGCUACCUGAACUGGAUCGGAGUUCCCACAAAAAUGUUUAACGUGGGCCAGUACCGCAGGGAGGCCGUCAAGAUCUAUAAGAACUUUGAGUUCUUUAAACCUGACAAUGAGGAGGCCAUGAGGAUCCGCAAGGCCUGUGCAUCAGCCGCCCUCAAAGACGUCGCUGCCUACUUCUCAAAGGAACAGGGACAAGUAGCCGUAUUUGAUGCUACCAACACUACGAGGGAGAGGAGGGCAAUCAUCCUUAGUUAUGCAAAGGAGAGGGGCUACAAAGUGUUCUUUGUGGAAUCACUCUGUGAUGACCCAGACAUCAUUACAGAGAAUAUUAAGCAAGUAAAAUUUGGGAGUCCAGAUUAUGCGAAUUGUGACAUAGAUGAGGCCAUGAAAGACUUCAGGCAGCGCAUUGAGUGCUACAAGGCCAGCUACAUGUCCAUUGACGAUGAGAAGGACAGGAAUCUCUCCUACAUCAAGAUCUUUGACGUGGGCAAUAGAUAUGUGGUAAACCUGGUCCAGGACCACAUUCAAAGCAGGAUAGUCUACUACCUCAUGAACAUCCAUGUCACACCGAGAUCCAUCUACCUGAGCCGCCACGGAGAGAGCGAACUCAACCUGUUAGGUCGCAUUGGUGGAGAUUCAGGCCUCUCCCCUCGAGGACUGCAGUAUGCGAACGCCUUGGCGACCUUCAUCAAAGGUCAGAAUAUCAAAGACCUGAAGGUGUGGACGAGCCACAUGAAGAGGACCAUCCAGACUGCAGAAGCUCUGGGAGUCCAGUAUGAGCAGUGGAAGGCCCUCAAUGAGAUAGACGCUGGUGUAUGUGAGGAGUUAACCUACGAGGAGAUUCAGGAGAAUUUCCCAGAAGAGUUUGCACUGAGAGACCAGGACAAGUACCGUUAUCGUUACCCCAAGGGUGAGUCCUAUGAGGACAUGGUCCAUCGUCUGGAGCCGGUGAUCAUGGAGCUGGAGAGGCAGGAAAACGUCCUGGUCAUCUGCCACCAGGCUGUGUUUCGCUGCCUGCUGGCCUACUUUCUAGACAAACCUGCAGACGAGCUGCCUUAUCUACGAUGCCCCCUUCACACGGUGCUCAAACUCACACCAAUAGCUUACGGCUGUAAAGUUGAGUCGUUUUUCCUCAAUAUUGAAGCAGUCAACACACACAGAGAGAGGCCAGUGAAUGUCAACGUCAACAGAAACCGUGAGGAGGCUCUGCAGACUGUUCCUGACCACAUAUAAAUGCUGAUCUGUGAGGAAAGCAUCACACUCAUGUGAAACUGGACGAGUUAAUGCUUCUGUUAGCUUCACUAAAUAUUAUAGAUGCACUCCAGUGAGGGCUGAUUGUGUGAAAACAGAAGACGGGGGGGGUCUGUGAGGCAGAAGACGAGAUGUUUAGCAGCCUGUAACAGAAGCACAUGGACCCCUCUCUGAACGCGCAGGUGCAGGAAGUUCUGUUUGCAACAUGAAUGUGAAAUGUUUCUGUGUCUUAUCAGACUAGAGUUUACUUUUUUCAACAUUUUAAACGUGUCACGUUGUUUACAAAUGAUGUAGAGAAGGAAAGUAAUGCACUGUGUUAGGCUGAGAAGUAUGGAAGUAAAUAUGAGACGUAAGUAUUUUGAUUUUGACAGCCACUGAAUAUAUCAAGUCACAUCCACGUCUGAGGCCUUGGCUCUUGCCCCUGUGCGGGUUGGGAGUGAGUUCAAUCAAUCAAUCAAUUUUAUUUAUAAAGCCCAAUAUCACAAAUCACAGUUUGCCUCACAGGGCUUUACAGCAUACGGCAUCCCUCUGUCCUUAGGACCCUCACAGCGGAUAAGGAAAAACUCCCCAAAAAACCGCCUUUAACGGAGUUACUGCCCCAAGUGAGGGAGUUCAAGUAUCUCAGGGUCUUGUUCAUGAGUGAGGGUAGAAUGGAGCGUGACAUGGAUCAGCAGUUUGGUGUGGCAUCUGCAGUGAUGUGGGUGCCGCGCCGGACCGUCAUGUUGAAGAGAGAGCUGAGUCAAAGCUUUCAAUUUACUGGUUCAUCCACGUCCCAGCCCUCACCUAUGGUCAUGAGCUCUGGGUAGUGACCAGAAGAAUGAGAUCGCGGAUACAAGCGGCCAAAAGGAGUUUCCUUCGUGAGGUGUCUGGGCUCAGCCUUAGAGAUAGGGUGAGGGGCUCGGAGUAGAGCCGCUGCUCCUUCGUGUCAAAAGGGGUCAGUUGAGGUGGUUCAACAUCUGAUCAGGAUCCUCCUGGGCGCCUCCUGUUAGAGGUGUUCUGGGCACGUCCCACUGGUAGGAGGCCCCGGGACAGACCCAGAACACGCUGGAGGGAUUACAUAUCUCAUCUGGCCUGGGAACACCUCAGGGUCCCUCAGGAGGAGCUGGAAAGCGUUGCUGGGGAGACAGACAUCUGGAAUACUUUGCUCAGCCCACUGCCCCCACGACCCGCCUUUGGAUAAGUCGAUGAAAAUGGAUGGAUGAAUAUAGCGUUGAGGUAAAAAUGUAUUUUUUCUGAAUUCAUCCUUUAAAAAUAGAUUUAUAAAAUUCAGAUCCUAAAAAAUAAGUUUAAUAGUUAAAAAAAAAAAAAAAAGAUUCAGGUUGCUCAAAUUUGUCAGAUUCAACAUCCAGGCUACCGUAGACAGGACAGGCAAUCAAGCAUGAAUGUUUUGACCAGUUGAAUUUGACUGAUGUUUGAGAUUAAUCAAAUUUAUGUAACUUGAAGCUUUUUUUUUUUUUUUUUUCAAUAAUGAAACUUGAAUUUUCAGGUCUGAAUUUGACCAGUCGAAUUUGAGCAAUCUGAAACUUUAUUUAAUUUCCUUAAUUUCUUUUUUUAAUUAUGAAACUUGAAUUUGUGAUAAUUUACAUUUUUUAAUUUAAUGAUUUUUUUUUAAAGUUAGCAAAUCAAGAACAUUCAUCUUAUAAUUUCGGAGAGGUGAAUUCAGCACAAAUAAAUUUAGAUAUGUGAUUUUUAAAGUUAAAACUUCAAUGCUUUGAAUUCAGUUAUGUUCAGAUUUCAGUAUUAAAUAUCCAGUUGCUGUUGAAAGUUCAAAUAUUUCAUGUCACUCAUUUGCUUCCAUAGGGAAUAAAACAUGUAACCAGAUGUAGGGAGGUUGUCACUGUGACUGUUGCACAGAUAAUAUGUUGAUGAUUUAAUGAUAAAGGAGGCAGUCAGCACCACGGACAGCACCCAAACAAACAUGUUGUAGAUUUGGGAACUUGUCUGUAACGUUUGUAGAUGAGACGCUGAUGUAAAUAAAUAAACCUCAGAAAAUAACUUUACAGGUCCAGUUUGUGUUGGCUUGGCAGCUCUGUAGUGUUGUUAACUCUCCCACAGAGAAGCUGAAGUUAAAUUUAACAACGUGUUCCCUGCAGCCAAUAAUAAUAAAGGGUCUGUGUGGGGGAAAAGGCUCU